ACAAAAUCUGGAACAUUACGACAAAAAUACUCAUUAUAUUACUUUCGAUGGCAAACAUUAACGCAUGGGAGGUUAUCCAGCACACUGAAAGUACGGGUACAGUAAACUAUCUACCGAACAGUUGCAUCAGCAUGACACGGAUUGCGCGGCCGUACACAUUUCCGAGAUCAUUCAGGGACGAUGAAACCUGUGUGACCUCAAGUGACAGUUUGCCAUCAAUGGCUGGUGCACCACAAUGCAGUGUGUCACAGUGUGACCUUGGAGUGGAGAGUGUCCACUCGGCCCAGAUCAGUGAAGUGCACAAUGUCCCGAUGCGGGUGAUUAUUCGACCUAUACCGUCAGUACUUGAAGAAGAGAAAGUACUGUCACUGAUAGAGACAAUAAAGAAUCCGGAAACCAGAGGCAGUGUACCACCGAUAGACAUUUUGUGGAUAACGGGUCGCCAGGGUGGGGAUUACUACUACUCAUUUGGCGGUUGUCAUAGAUACGAGGCUUACAAGCGACUGAAUGUAGAGACUAUACCAUGCAAGCUUGUGCGGUCAACUGUAGACAAUUUGAAGAUAUAUCUCGGUGGAUCGCUCCCUGACCUACUUUGAAAUGAGCCUCCCUCUCAGAAAACAGGGUUGAAUACAUGUGUGUAAAGUGUCGUCCCAGAUUAAUGUCUGCAGACUAAUCAGGGUCAAAAACUUUCCGCCUGGAGUUGAUUUUCGAUGAAGAGACCUCUUUUAAAAGAAAAAUAUCAUAAAAGAAAAAUUGGUGUUACUUAUUAGCCUGUGCACACUGCACAGGCUAUCCAGUCAGGACUAUAACCCUUUACCACUUACAUACGUAUCUAACCCUUUACCACUUAGAUACGUAUUUAACCCUUUACCACUUAGAUACAUAUUUUACCCUUUACCACUUAGAUACAUAUUUUACCCUUUACCACUUAGAUACAUAUUUAACCCUUUACCACUUAGAUACGUAUUUAACCCUUGAUCACUUAAGAUACGUAUUUAACCCUUUACCACUUAGAUAUGUAUUUGACACUUUACCACUAAGAUACGCGUUUAACCCUUGAUCACUUAAGAUACGUAUUUAACCCUUUACCACUUAGAUACGUAUUUUUACGCAUUUGUUGUCCCUUAGAAAGUAACAUUUAAUUUAAGACCUUUUUAACUUAAUUCAAGUUUUAAAGGCUUCAUUUCCAACCCAUAGAUACAGAUGAGCAGCAAACAGCAUAAAACCUGAACAGACUGUGAGUUACUCGCAGUCUGUUCAGGUUUUAUGCUGUUUGCACAUAGCCAUUUUCACUUUGCGAAAGUGAAGUGGGAAAGGAAUUAUUCAUCAGUUAUCAUGCUAUGUUUAAAGAACUUUCUUACCACAAAUAAUAACUGUGUAGAGAUGGUGAACCUUUCGUAAAAUGUGUGCUCUAGCUCACAAGUAAAAUGCCUAGCUGUUAACUUUCAAAUAUUGUAAUACUAUGACUUGUUCUGACUCUAAUUAAAUCACUUGUAGGGGACAUUUUAAAUAUCUUUCCAAAACUAAUCACCAUUUAGAGAUGCUGUUUUGCUGGCAAACAUGUGUCCUUUGAUCUAAUGCAGACUUAAGUCAAAUAUCAAAUAUGGAUAUAGUUGCAAUUUGUCUGGAAUUUAACUGUAUUAUGUAUCAGACAAUUUUAAAAUGACUAUACAUUUUCACUUAGCUUUCAUUGGCUCUCAGUACAUGGUAACCCUUAGAUGUAAUAUGUAACCCGCAGAUGUCGAAGGUCAAAUGUGGUAAAAGCAUAAAUACAGCUGUCAUAUUUUUAAUUUGGGCGUCUGUAUCAGAAACACAUGUCAUUUCUAUGAAGUUUCUAUGCUGUCUCAUUUCUGUAUUAAAUACUAUGUUAUAAAUGUAAAACAACAUUAAUUAAUUUUCGUGCAAUACUUUGAAAUUUCUAACUUCAGUUUUUUAAGUAUUUAUACCAGGUAUGUUUUUUUUGGUUCAUAAGUUAACAUUCCAGUGAAAAUUGUUAUUGAAAUAUAAUGUUGCUUGUCUAAUUAAAUGUAUAGUAUAAUAUUCAGAUGUUUUUAAAAUUGUUAUUUUAUUGUUUCUUACAUGAUUUAUUGUUGUUUCUACAAAUUAUUUUGUUUUAUCAACUGGAAAUGGUUUUUAUUAUGUUAAAGUGUGUUAAAAAGGUGCUUGAUGUUAAAAUAUGUUGUUGUUUUUGUUCACAUAAUGAUAUACAAUAAUUAUACAUUACUUUUUUAUCUUUUGGUUUACUUUGAAGAGCAAACUUUGAUGUUUGAAGAAUACAUUACUUAUAUUCCAUUGUUAAUUUAAAAUAAUUUGGUACAAUUGUUGAACGGUUGAAUAAAAUAUUUAAGUUAAUAAUCAGAUUUUUUCAUCUAAUACUUGUAAAUGGUUUGUGGACAGAUUCAUGAUUAAAACUCUAUUUCGUAUUAAAAAAAGUCAGUGAGAAAAUUUUGGUCAACUGCAAUUCUUGUCUUGUAGAAACUGACAGUAAAUGAACAUUAUUAAUUUUGUAUCCGUAUAUGCGGUUGAUUUCUUAUUUUGCAAUCAAUACUGAUAAAAGAAGUUCAUUUUAUGUAAAGCAUAUCCUUAAAAAAAAAAACAGGUAAUGUGAUACAAAAAUGAAACAUACCUCUAUUAAAGAACUAUUUUUAAUGUGGCGUAAUUCUAUAAUAAUUCUGAUGAUCUAGUUCUGUAUUUCCAUUUUUAUCUUUAUACGUUAUAAAUACAGUCACUAGACCAUGCGAGAUCUAUUGGGUAACAGAGUACCCAACUGAACUCUUUAUUAAAGUUCUGGUAGAACACAAUAUUCAAACUGUGUUAAUGAACUUAGUACUUCAUUAUUAUAAAUUAGUGAGUGACCAUAUAUUCUAUUGGUGCUAUUUUUCUUGUCAAAUUUCUUCUUAAAUGUAUGCUAUUAAUGUUGAUGCCUUUGAUCAAUUAAAUUAUGGUGAAAAAUU